GACUGACCACCAGGCUCUCACAGUCGUACUGGCUAUGACCAGCUCAGAUCACAAGCAGCUGUAAGCAUACAGUAUAACUUUACCACACAAUUUACGCCUAGCAGGAACAAUGUUGUGGCAGACUUGAUUUCCAGAGCCACACCCAGCUCUGCGCUGUACCAUCAUGAUGAAGAGAGGGUAGUGACCAAAAGAGCAAGGUUGCAGAUAUAAGCAGCCGAAAUGAGUUUCCUCAUUAGGGUGUCUGGACUCAACCUAAGAGACAGGGUGAGGAGCUUGGUCAUCCAGUAGGAUGUCACAACGAGAGGACCAAGUUAAGGUAGCUCAGGCAUCUCCUUGGACGCCUCCUGGACACAUCCCUGGUGAGAUGUAGCGGGGGCUGUAGACCUAGGACACGCUGGAGGGUCUACCUUUUACAGCUGGCCUGGGAAUGGCUCGGUACCCUCCCACCCCCAGUGGAACUGGAAGAGGUGGCUGGAGACGGGGAAGCCUGGGCUACUGACACUGCUGCCCCUGUGCUUUGACCUGUUAAAAGAACGUACAUGGUGAUUAUAAAGUGUUAGGAAGAUGUGAAUUAUUCAUUGAUUUGAGUUGAACAUUAGCUCUCGCUCAGUGUUUGACUUUCACAGAGUGUGUGUCUGUCAGGAAGUUCUUUUACGCCUCACUGGCUUGUGUGUGUUUGUGUGAGUAAGAAACGUUCGAUUCCUUUGCUGUCUUUUGUUCUGUCAUAUUUAGUACAAUUAGUGUAGGUCAACAAGGUUGUUUUGUGUGCGUGUUCCCUUCCUAGCCAGACACAUACAAGUGGAAAAUUGCAAAUCACACGUGCAUCUUCUUAGCAAAUCAAUCAGGUUUAGUUUUAAACCAACAAGAAUAACAAGCAAAACACCAAAAACUUAACAUAAAAAAAAUAAAUAAAUUGACAUUAAUGAAUGGGUUUUCGCUUGUUGCCACUUAAAGUUGUGACAGCAGCCGGGUGUGAGAUGCGUGGUGGUAAAUCUGCUGUGUGUGUGGUUUUAUGCACACACAGGAAGUGAAAGACCAACAUACAAACGUUGUGAAGUCGGAGGGAAGUGUUCAUUAUCAUUACAUUUCAUUCUAAUAACCAUCAAAAUUGACCAACUUUGCGUAGGUAUCCGUCAUUGAAGGUGAAAAGGUGUAUGCCUGAACAAAUAAGACCGAUGUCACGAUUUGACCUCUUGUACUACAGUAGCAACACUUGCUCACACCCUUCUGCAUUCAUGCGUCGCCUGCUCUGUAUUUCCUCAAUCCCGCUCUUUCACUCUCACUGUGCGUCGUGACAGUCGCGCCAAAAUGAAGAUGAAUGGAACAGAGUGUAGUACGCCAUGGAGCAGAAAGUCCACCAUGAUGGUAAGGAAGACAGCUGGGCGGGGCUAGACGGACAACCGUGUACAAGAGAGGUAAAUGAAUCUUUGGUUCAUGGAGGAUGACGAGGAAGAAUAUGUUUGAACAAGGAAACAAAAACGCUACAGCCUAGGCGCCAUGACAAGCCACGAUCAGAGGAGUGAAUCUACAGACCCGCGUCUGGGCGAUGGGAUGACACUGAUGAGCCAGGAUGAGCGCCGAGCCGCUAUUGGAGGAGACGCUGAUCAAGCGUUCGCAGCAGAAGAGGAGGACGUCUCCGCUCAACUACAAGGAGAGGCUGUUUGUCCUCACCAAGAGCAGCCUGAGCUACUACGACGGCAGAGCAGAGAAGAAGUUUCGGAGAGGCUCCAUCCAACUAAGUUGCAUCAGAUGUGUGGAGGUUGUAAAGGACGUUGGCGGGAUCAACCCCUGCCAGUACAAAUACCCCUUCCAGGUGGUACAUGAGAGCAACACACUGUACGUGUUCACGCCGAGCCAGGACAGCAGGAGUGUGUGGGUGCAGCGCAUUAAAGAGGAGAUCCGAGACAAUCGGGAGAUUCUGACCAAGUUCCAUCCCCAGUUUUGGUGUGAGGGGGCGUGGCUCUGCUGCCGCCAGGAAGAGAAGCAGGCCCCUGGCUGCGAGGAGUACAACCUGUUUGGAGACGCUUCCAGAAAGCCGCUACCCCCGAUUCCCGCAGAGGAAGACAAAGAUGGGAGGCAGCGCUGGCCGAUCCUUCCUCCUGAGGUGGAUGAUGAAGAUGGUGACGCCACGGAUGACGUGGUGGUGGCGCUGUAUGACUUCCCGGGCAGCGAGUCGCACGACCUGCAGCUGGUCCAAGGAGGCGAGUACAUCAUUGUAGAACGCUGUGACGUCAACUGGUACAAAGCACGCAACCAACAUGGGGAGGAAGGCUACAUCCCAAGCAACUAUGUCACUGAGAAGAAAUCAGGAAACCUGGCGCAGUUUGCUUGGUACAGCAAACAUGUCAACAGGAACAAGGCAGAGGAGCUCCUGCGGAAGGAGGACAAAGAAGGUGCCUUCAUCGUCAGAGAGUCCAGCACUCAGGGAACGUACACCGUGUCGCUCUACACCAAGUCUGUGGGGGGUAAGGGAGGCGCCGCCAUAAAACAUUACCGCAUCAGGGAGACUCGAGGCUCGCCCAAACAGUUUUACCUGGCGGGGAAACAUGUAUUCGACUCCAUCGCCGAACUCAUCACCUACCACCAGCACAACGCAGCAGGUCUUGUCGCCAGGUUGAGGUAUCCCGUGGGCAAACAGGACAAGUCUGCUCCCUCCACAGCCGGCUUCAGCUACGAGAAGUGGGAGAUCAACCCCAGCGACUUAACCUUCAUGAAGGAGCUGGGCAGCGGUCAGGUGGGGGUGGUGCGACUCGGCAUGUGGAGGGCACAGCACAAAGUGGCCAUCAAGGCCAUCAAGCACGGUGCCAUGUAUGAGGAGGACUUCAUCGAAGAGGCCAAGGUUAUGAUGAAAUUGUCCCAUCCCAAGCUGGUGCAACUGUACGGAGUGUGCAGCCAGCAACAGCCCAUCUAUAUCAUCACCGAGUUCAUGGAGCACGGCUGCCUGCUGGACUUCCUGCGGCGGCGGCGAGGCAGCAUCAGCCCAGCCUCGCUGCUAAGCAUCUGCCUGGACGUGUGCGAGGGCAUGCGGCACCUAGAGAGCAACAGCUUCAUCCACAGAGAUCUGGUCUCUUCCCACACGGUUAGCUACAACUUCUGUAAGUCUUUGACAGUGUUCAGUAAGAGUCCUUCCUUUGUUGUGCAGGGGGCCAGGAACUGCCUGGUCAACGACUCCUUGGUGGUCAAGGUGUCUGACUUUGGCAUGGCCAGGUAUGUUUUGGACGACCAGUACACCUCAUCUUCAGGCUCCAAGUUCCCAGUGAAGUGGUCACCUCCUGAAGUCCUCAACUUCUGCAGACACAGCAGCAAGUCUGACGUGUGGUCCUACGGUGUGCUGAUGUGGGAGGCUUUCACUGAAGGCCGCAUGCCAUUCGAGCAGAACAACAACCGUGAAGUCGUCACCCUGGUAACCACAGGUCACCGCCUCUCAAGGCCCAAAUUGGCACCCGCUGCCGUCUAUGACAUCAUGCAGCUGUGCUGGCAGGAGAGACCUGAGGACCGCCCAUCCUUCUCUCAGCUCUGCUUGAUGAUCUGUGAUGCUCUGGAGAGCGAUGCCGCACUCGCCAACUGACAGGCUAGUCACUUCUGUCACAACAGUAAGGCUAAAGGAUGCAAAGGAUGCCAUGUUUUUUGAAGGUCCCAUAUUAUAGUUCAUAUUUUGCUAAACUUUUACGUGAGUCAUAGGUCCUGCAAUAGUGUAUUGGAAGUGUAUUGGCCAAAAUGUAGCCUUGGAAUUAAGACAUUUGAAAAUUUGCUUUUAGUUCAGUUCUGGGAACAAGCCAUUUUGUAUGUCUGUCGCGUUAAUGUUUUGAUGCUGUUUUUCUGCGUUAGCAUUCGCUACGUGAGCUACACUGCUAACAUUAAAAUCACAUUUUAGCACCAACAUCAUGCUAGGUUUGCCUAUUUGCUGAAAAAAAGAAAAUGAUUAAACUUAGCCCCCAAGACUCAAAUGUUUAUUUUAACAUAUAUAAUGUAGCUUUUUUUUUUUUUGCAAAUCGUUGGGGCGUGCUCUUCUAGUUAGGGAUGAGUAUGAGGUGGUUUUUCCUUCAUGACGUCAUGGAAACACCGUAACUUCAAAAGCAAGCGUUUGAACACCUCUUCUCUCAAAAGUGGAACAAACAAGUGACGGAGAAGAUAGAUUUUUCUCAUGUUUGGUGCUCAUAAACAUGUUCUAGGACACCGAUUACACAUUUAUUUUGAACAUGCUGAAAAGUCACUUUUGCAUAAUAGAGGACUGUUAAACCUCACCAUUGUGUCAAUAUCAGAUUUGGGCCAUUAAAAUACUAACAAAAGAAAGAUAAUGCUUUUUGUACUUUUUUGUUUGUAAAAGAUUUUAUUAAUGUGACUCACACAGACAAUAUUAUUUAAAAAAAAAAACACACACACACAGUAGCAGUGUAGCCUCUUCAAUCCAUCCAUCGAUUUUCUCUGCCGCUUGUCCUCACUAGGGUCACGGGGGUAUGCUGGAGCCUAUCCCAGAGGGGUACACCAAUCACAGGGCACAU